AUUGAGUAUUUUAGAGAGAAAAGAGAGAAGCUUAGUGAUUUCAGAACACAAUGGAGCAACCACAACUCUUGCAUGACCCAAAUUUCCCUCUCUUCAAAACCCCUUCUUCACCCGCCGUAACCACCACCGCCACUCACAAACCCCUUUCAACCACACCCAUCACCACCACCUCCAACGGUGAGCGUCGAGAAGACCACUCCGUCGAAACCGCCGCCACCGUUGCCGCCGACGCGGAGGCGUUCGGCGACCUCGGGCUGGCGGAAUGGGCGGUGAAGACGUGCCGGGAGCUCGGGAUGCGGAGGCCGCGCCCCGUGCAGCGGCGGUGCAUCCCGCGCGUGCUGGAGGGCCGGCACGUGCUGGGCAUCGACGAGACAGGGAGCGGGAAGACGGCCGCCUUCGCGCUCCCGAUCCUGCACCGUCUCGCCGAGCAUCCCUUCGGCGUGUUCGCCCUCGUGGUGACGCCCACGCGCGAGCUCGCCUUCCAGCUCGCCGAGCAGUUCCGCGCCCUCGGCUCCGCCGUGCACCUCCGCAUCACGGUGGUUGUCGGGGGCAUGGACAUGCUCAGGCAGACCAAGGAGCUCGCCGCGAGGCCGCACCUCGUCAUUGCCACCCCCGGGAGGAUCCACGCCCUGCUCCGCAAUAACCCUGAUAUUCCCCCCGUUUUCUCCAGAACUAAGUUCCUUGUCUUGGAUGAAGCAGAUCGUGUCCUGGAUGUUGGUUUUCAGGAGGAAUUGAGAUUUAUCUUUCAGUGCUUACCAGAAAAUCGACAAAACCUGUUCUUUUCUGCAACAACUACAAGUAAUCUGCAAAAGUUGCGUGAACGUUACCAAGAUAAGAUGUAUGUCUAUGAGGCUUAUGAAGGUUUUAAAACAGUUGAAACACUUAAGCAACAGGCUAUAUUCAUCCCUAAAAAGGUGAAGGAUGUAUAUUUGAUGCAUAUUUUGGCUAAAAUGGAAGAUAUGGGAAUUCGGUCUGCCAUUGUAUUUAUCUCAACAUGCAGAGAUUGUCAUCGUUUAAGUUUAAUGCUGGAAGUGCUUGAUCAAGAAGCAGCAGCUCUGUAUUCAUUCAAAUCACAAGCUCAGAGGCUUGAAGCACUUCACCAAUUUAAAUCAGGAAAGGUUUCAAUACUGCUAGCAACUGAUGUUGCUAGCCGCGGUUUGGAUAUUCCUACAGUUGAUCUUGUCAUCAAUUAUGAUGUUCCAAGGUUUCCACGAGAUUAUAUUCAUCGUGUAGGUCGUACAGCAAGAGCAGGUAGAGGGGGACUGGCUUUGAGUCUUGUCACCCAGAAUGAUGUUGAUCUUAUUCAUGAAAUAGAAGCACUUAUUGAGAAGCAACUUGAAAUGAUUGAAUACAAAGAAAAUGAGGUGCUUUCUCUCAUGAAAAAGGUUUUCAGUGCUAAGAACGUAGCAGAAAUGAAGAUGAUAGAUGAUGGCUUUGAAGAGAAAGCUAAAGAGCGGAAAAAACAGAAGCUGAAAAUGCUAGCAGAUAAAGGAUUGUUAAAUAAAAGAAGUAAAAAGAGAAAACGAAAUAAAGAAUUUGCAGAGGAAGGGGAAGAACAAAAAAAUGAGGUUUUCACUGUUAGGAAUGUGACGGAAAUGAAGAGGAUGGAUGAGGAUGGCAUUGAGGAGAAAGCAGAAGAGGGGGGAAUACAAAAACUUAAAAUGCGAACACAGAAAGGUUUGUCAAAGAAAAAAAAGUUAAAAGAAAGAAAUAACGAAUUUGCAGAUGAAGGGAAAAAACAGAAAAAAGAGAAAGUAGAAGCAUUAGCAGAUAUAGAAACUCCAAAGAAAAGGAGUAAGAAGAGACAGUAAAUUAGUAUAUUUAAGGAAUUAGUACUUAAACCAUAAUUUCUGAGUACAGAAAGCAUAUUUUUGAAGAGAAGAAGAGAGGUAUGCAGUGAAGUUAAAGUGGAUGGAGGAGAGAAGCUAAAGCAUAUUAGCGAUUUGGUAAAAUGGUUUGUUAUUGUUUUCACGUCUUCCAAGGAUGGCAGAUUUUGAUUGUCGGAGUAGAUGUGAGAUUAAUACAUUAGAUCUCAGGACUUGAAUACGUUGUAAUAGUCAAAUGGAGACAAGGGGUUGGGGUUUUAAAUCAGGAAAUUCUAGGCAUUAUUUUCACCUGGAAUUUUGUAUGAUGUCUUUUUCAUAUGAUAUUGAUUGUAUCGGGUUUAUUUUGGCCUCUUUUUCUAUUGGGGAUUGUUUGAUCUUGAGGCCUAAAACAGGACCAAAUAACUGGAUUUGAACCGUGCAAAAACAUUCAAUCCUAGCCAUUGGAUAAUGGUGAGUCAGAGAAUCUUUGAUUUUGUAGCCAAUUAGUUAAACUGCUAAUUUAGCUUUGGAAAUUACAUAGUUGAAAAAUUGUCAUUCUUGUUAA